AAGUGUUUCCUUUACAAAUGACAGGUAUUUUAAAAUGGUAGGUAAGAUAUCUUUGAGUUCAAAAUUUAAAAGUCAUUUAGUUUUGAACAAAAACACAUUCCCUACCCCUGGGUAUUACAGUUCACCAGCUUAAUUCAGGGAUUUAAAAAUAGUGAAUCAGGUUAGGCGCAGUGGCUUACACCUAUAAUCCUGGGAGGAUCACCUGAGGCCAGGAGUUUGAGGCCAGCCUGCACAACAAAGUAAGAGCCUCAACUUUACAAUAAAUAAAUAAGCCAGCCAGUGAGCAUAGUAGCAUGUGCCUGUAGUCCUAGCUACUCGAGAGGCUGAGGCAGGAGGAUUGCUUGAGGUCAGGAGUUCAAGACCAGCCUGCGCAACACAGCAAUACCCUGUCCGUAAAAACAACAAUACUUCCAAAAACCAGUGAAUCAAAAGCUUUAUAGCAUUUGAUUAUAUUAUGCUUUAUAGUAGGAGCCCGUAAAAAAAAAACUAUUCUUUUUGCACCAAGCUAUAAGUACCCUGAAGUUAAGAACAAGGUCAUAAUAACCUGUGUUUCCCGCAGUGACCAGGAAAAAGCAGUGCAUGGGUUAACACAUUCCGUACCUACUAUAAUAUGCAUCAUCCAAGGCACUUUACAUUUAUUUAAUUCCACAAUAAGCUUAUAAAUUAGGAAUUAUGAUCUCCAUUUUUCAAGAGAGGAAAGGUGACUUACUCAAAGAAAUUUUUAUUCAGAUGGACUCACUCUUUUCAAUACACUUUGUUUAGUUAACUUAAAAAUUUUUUGUAUUUUAAAUUUUUGUGGGUACAUAGUAGGUGUAUAUAUUUAAAGGGUAAUGAGAUGUUUUGAUACAGUCACGCAACGUGAAAUAAUCACAUCAUGGAGAAUGGGGUAUCCAUCCCUUCAAGCACUUAUCCUUUGUGUUACAAAGGAUCCAAUUACACUUUUAGUUACUUUAAAAUGUAUAAUUAUGGUAUUAAUGAUAGUCACUCUGUUGUGCUAUCAAAUAGGGUCUUAUUCAUUCUUUCUAUUGUUUUUUGUACCUAUUAACCGGUAACACCAUCUCCCCAACCCCUCAUUACCCUUUAGUAACAAGUUAACUUUAGUUAACUUCUUAUUUAAAAAAUGAUCCCCAAUUUAUUUUAUUUUCCACUGAGAAGUAACUACUUUGUGGGUAACCAAAUAAAUAGUUGUGAACUUGAACUCAAAAGUCACUAGUAAAAUAUUUGGUCAAAAUAAUUUAAUUACAGAUAUACAAAUGGCAAACAGGCAUACGAAAGGGUACUCAACACCACUGAUGAGAGAAAUGCAAAUCAAAACUACAAUGAUACAUCAUCUCACCCCAGUUAAAAUGGCUUAUACUCAAAAGACAGGCAAUAACAAGUGCUGGGAAGCAUGUGGAGAAAAGGGAACUCUCGUACACUGUUAGUGGGAAUGUAAAUCAGUAAAACCACUAUGGAGAACAGUUUGGUGGUUCCUCAAAAAAACUGAAAAUAGAGCUAUCAUAUGAUCCAGCAAUCCCACUGCUAGGUAUAUACCCAACAGAAAGGAAAACUGUACAAAGAGACAUCUGCACUCACACUUUUGUUGUAACACUAUUCACAACAGCCAAGAUUUGGAAGCAACCUAAGUGUCCAUAAACAGAUGAAUGGAUAAAGAAAAUAUGGUACAUAUACACAAUGGAGUAUUAUUCAGCCAAAAAAAAGAAUGAGAUCCUGUCAUUUGCAAAAUAAUGUAAUUAUACUUUUACCCUGGACUUUUUAUAUUAUGAGGAAAUAACAUUACAUUUAUUGGUUACCUGCAGUGGGUGAGGCAUUUAUACAUGUUAUAUUAUGCUAUCUUAUUUAAUCCUCACAAUAACCCAAUAAAAUAUUCCUUUAGAGGAGGAAACGGUGACUCAGAAGUGCAGAGUCUUGCCUAAGGUCAUACAAGUAAACAGAACACAUCACUCACUUCUUAUGAGAGAAAUCUCACUGUAAGUGAUAACCCAACUGGCAGCUUUUCUUCUUAGAACAUGUAAUUUUCUCUCCGGGACUCCAUCCUAAAUAUUUAAUUUAUAUAAUCAUAUUACUAGAGUAUCUCAAAUAUUUAUUUACAUAAUUAAAAGCACUCAAAUCAUAGGGCUCCAAAAUGUAUUUCAAAAUAAGUUCUGUUAAAGUAAUAUAUUUCUUAGUCACUUUGUGGUUUAUUGCACUUCCGGAACCAGCUAUUGAUAAACUUCCUCUUUUUCUACAGAAACUAUUUCAGUUUGCUACAGGAACAUUUUAAAUCUGAAUUGAACCACCCAUUUUCCUUUCUUAGCCAAAUCACCAAAAUGUCCAGUUAGAACAAGAAUUUAGCAUUCUGCAAAAGAAGUUAACAGCUGAGAUAACGAGGAAAUAUUCUGAAAUGGAUCCCAAAUAUUUCAUCUUAAUUUUGUUUUGUGGACACCUAAACAAUACAUUUUUUUCAAAGACAGAGACAAUUACAACAGAGAAGCAGUCACAGCCUACCUUACUCACAUCAUCAAUGUCACAUGUAUUGGCUAAUUCUCAAAACACAACAGGGAAUCCUUUGGGUCAACCAACACAAUUCAGCAACACUUUUUCUGGACAAUCAAUAUCACCUGCCAAAGUCACUGCUGGACAACCAACACCAGCUGUCUACACCUCUUCUGAAAAACCAGAAGCACAUACUUCUGCUGGACGACCACUUGCCUACAACACCAAACAACCAACACCAAUAGCCAACACCUCCUCCCAGCAAGCCGUGUUCACCUCUGCCAGACAACUACCAUCUGCCCAUACUUCUACCACACAACCACCAAAGUCAUUUGUCUAUACUUUUACUCAACAAUCAUCAUCUGUCCAGAUCCCUUCUAGAAAACAAAUAACUGUUCAUAAUCCAUCCACACAACCAACCUCAACUGUCAAAAAUUCACCUAGGAGUACACCAGGAUUUAUCUUAGAUACUACCAGUAACAAACAAACCCCACAUAAAAACAAUUAUAAUUCAACAGCUGCCAUACUAAUUGGUGUACUUCUGACUUCUAUGUUGGUAGCUAUAAUCAUCAUUGUACUUUGGAAAUGCUUAAGGAAACCAGUUUUAAAUGAUCAAAAUUGGGCAGGUAGAUCUCCAUUUGCUGAUGGAGAAACCCCUGACAUUUGUAUGGAUAACAUCAGAGAAAAUGAAAUAUCCACAAAACGUACAUCAAUCAUUUCACUUACACCCUGGAAACCAAGCAAAAGCACACUUUUAGCAGAUGACUUAGAAAUUAAGUUGUUUGAAUCAAGUGAAAACAUUGAAGACUCCAACAACCCCAAAACAGAGAAAAUAAAAGAUCAAGUAAAUGGUACAUCAGAAGAUAGUGCCGAUGGAUCAACAAUUGGAACUGCUGUUUCUUCUUCAGAUGAUGCAGAUCUGCCUCCACCACCUCCCCUUCUGGAUUUGGAAGGACAGGAAAGUAACCAAUCUGAUAAACCCACAAUGACAAUUGUAUCUCCUCUUCCAAAUGAUUCUACUAGUCUCCCUCCAUCUCUGGACUGUCUCAAUCAAGACUGUGGAGAUCAUAAAUCUGAGAUAAUGCAAUCAUUUCCACCGCUUGACUCACUUAACUUGCCCCUGCCACCAGUAGAUUUUAUGAAAAACCAAGAAGAUUCCAACCUUGAGAUCCAGUGUCAGGAGUUCUCCAUUCCUCCCAACUCUGAUCAAGAUCUUAAUGAAUCCCUUCCACCUCCACCUGCGGAACUGUUAUAAAUAUUACAACUUGCUUUUUAGCUGAUCUUCCAUCCUCAAAUGACUCUUUUUUCUUUAUAUGUUAACAUAUAUAAAAAGGCAACUGAUAGUGAAUUUUGAUUUUUAUUCAGGAACUAUCUGAAAUCUGCUCAGAGCCUAUGUGCAUAGAUGAAACUUUUUUUUAAAAAAAGUUAUUUAACAGUAAUCUAUUUACUAAUUGUAGUACCUAUCUUUAAAGUAUAGUACAUUUUACAUAUGUACAUGGUAUGUUUCAAUAAUUUAAGAACUCUGAAACAAUCUACAUAUACUUAUUACCCAGUACAGUUUUUUUCCCCCUGAAAAGCUGUGUAUAAAAUUAUGGUGAAUAAACUUUUAUGUUUCCAUUUCAAAGACCGGGGUGGAGAGGAAUAAGAGACUAAGUAUAUACUUCAAGUUUUAAAUUAAUACCUCAAGUAUUAAAUAAAUAUUCCAAGUUUGUGGGAAUGGGAGAUUAAAAUGCAUGUUUGAGAAUAGAGAAA